CAAGCAGAACUAUUAAUUAAUUUUACGAAUAGAUAAAUACUCUCUAUGAUGAAAAAUAUAAAACAAUCGAUACGAAAAUAUGAUAAUUUUGGAGUUUCCCUAAACUUUAAUAUAAGAAAUAAGAAACAAUAUCAGAGUGUAUGUGGAGGUUUGAUGUCAAUUAUAAUGACAAUUGUAUUGAUAUACUUUUUCGUAACUGGUAUAAUAAGCCUAAUACUAAGGGAUAAAUUCUAAGUAAUGUAUAAUAAUAUUUAGGUUGAUGUUUAAUAACUUUAGAAUAUGAAUCCUGAUUAUCAAGAGAUGAAUAUUACGAAUUUUAUCUUUGCCAUCAAAUUGGAUAACCCAUUCUCUAUUAUUUAUCCAAAUGAUAACAAAACAGCUUUUUAAAUUGUGAUGAAUUAAGUCUAAAUUUCUGAUUAAGGAAAUGGAACACGCAAUAAAACUACUUUAUAUAAAAUUAACUUUGAAUAGUGUACAGAAGAUCAUUUUAAAAAUAUUAAUUAUGAAAGCUUUGAAGAAAUUAAAGCAGACUUGAGUUCAUAUUAAUGUCUUCCUUAAAAUUUUAGUUUUAAAUUACAAGGAACAUUUAAUUCAAAGCAAUUUUUGUAUCCCUCUUUGAAAAUCUCAGUCUGCUAUACAGAUGAUUGUUAUACAAAGGAAUAGAUUUAUUCACUUGCUUAAAAUAAGUCUAUUAUGGUAUCAUUAUCGACAUUAAUUUAAUCUUCUAUUUACAUGAGAAAUAACAGAGAUGAACAUCUACUUCGAUAUAUAAAUUCUGAUUUUUUCUUAUAAACAACUUUGAAGGAAGAAAGCAAAGCAGAUAUAUUUUUCAAAAAUAACAAUAUUAUAGUUGAGAACAGUAUUUUAAGUUUAUUUAAGGAAGAGGAAUAGAAGGAUUUUUGGUAAUUUUCUUUAGAGAACUAUAGAGAAUUAAAAGUAUUUAAAUUAAUGUAAAUUAGGAAUAUCAUGAUUCUCCAAGUACAAUUUUUUCUGUAAAUUUCAGAAUAAGUCAAGCUUAUGAAUAAACUAAAAAGACUGUAUACACUCUUGAUUCUUUUUUAUCAUAUUUUGGAGGUAUGUUAAAAAUAAUUUCUACACUCUUUGGUUUUUUUGCACUUAAGUAUAAUGAAAUUGGUUUAAAAUUAUCAUUAGCAAAUUAUUUAUAUUAAUUUAACAUCCCAAAGAAAAAAGAAGGGAAAUUUGAGUUCUCUUAUGAUAAACUAUUAAGUCUAAUUUAAAAAUCAAUAAACAGAGUAAAUGAUUUAUAAUAGAAAUUAAAACAUCAUACUAAGACAGUUAUAAAAACUAGUUUAGUGAUGAGAGCCUGGAAUAGUUAAAAAUUCCAAAAUUAAUAGUCAGCAUCAAAUUUAUAAACAUAGUAACGAGAAUAAUUAGAUAGCCCUCAAAUUGAUCAAUUACAGUAUUAAAAAUACAUAGAAUAAUUGUAAGAUUAUAAAGGAAACUUUCUUUAAAGAUUAAUUACUACUUUAAAUUCUACAAGACAUGAUCUAAAAUUAGGAAUGAAUUUUAUAGUUUAUGAAUUUUUAUGGUGUACUUGCUGUGAAAAAGUAGAAAUUACUAAAACAAUGUUGGAUUAAACUUAAAGGGUUAUUAAUAGAGAUCUUGAUAUUGUUCAUUUAUUGCAAAAAAUUCAAGAAAUUGAUAAAUUAAAAUCAAUAAUUCUCGAAAAAGAUUAAUUAAAGGUUUUCAAUUACACACCAAAACCUAUUAUUAAUAUCAAUCCUUCUUAUUAAUAUCAACCUGAAGAAGAAGGAAAAUGUGUUGAAUUAUUUUAGUAAGUAAAUUCUUAAAAAAAAAAAUGCAAGAUAAAGAGAUAUAAUUUGAAUAAACCAAAAAAAUUAAUUAAAAUUUAUGAUUCAUACAGCAGAUUGAAGUCACACCACCAUCAGUAAAAAAACCAAAGAAUAGUUCAACUUUUGGGUCCUACAAUUGAAAUGAUAUUCUAAAAAUAUUAUGAAAUUUAGAAUAUGGCUAAAUAAAUGAAUUUGACUACUUAAAUUCCUGGUGAGAAUGAAAUUCGUUAAAGUGAAUUUUAAAAUGAUGUAGUUUUACCAGUAAAUUUUUCUUAAAGAGGCAAUGUUCCCAGUUAAAAAUUGCAUGCGUUAAAUUUCCAAUAAAUAAGUCCUAAAACUUUGCCAGACAAAGAUGACGGAUUAGUGGAAUCUGAUUGAAUGAGA